AUGCGAGGAAAGGUCAUACCGAAGGCAAGUCAGAGCGGAGGCCCGGUUCAGGGAUUGACAACACCAACGGCGAAUGUAUUACCAGUGGAUAACGCGAGAGUUGGUCCUGCAGUGAGGCGGAGCUCGGGGGGUGCAGCUGCAAUGAUAGGUGAGUUAGCCGUUUCUCAGCUAUGGAUGCUUGUUCUCUGUUGUUCCUCAUUGGAUUUCACUGGUGGAGUGAGACUGGCAGCUUAUUUCCGAGGUUCCCACAAGGGGAGUAGCAAGGCUGGCUCUAGGUGGAUGGCGCCUUCAUUGCUAAGAUCCCUAUCCAUCUCGAUCCCUCUUAUCCAACCCUUUUCGGCGGUAGUUGAAGUCCCCGUUGGGGAUAGGGCGAAAGAAAGAAGUGCCUGGUUUUGA